AUGCAAGAAGAAAACCCUUGGGUGCAGAAACGAUCAGCGCUUGAUAGCCAUGAGCAGUGCGAGAUAACGCGGUUGCAUACUCUCAGUCAAUUACUGGGCCCUCCACUGCGUCCGAUGCUGAACUUACUUACACUCAUACAUGAUACGCUCUUCUGCACAAAUCCGGGCUGCGUUGGCCUUUCGCAAUCAUUCAAAUUGGUGUGCACCCAGCCUCGAAUGGUAAAUGUGGAUCAGUGCUCCGAAUCGGUCGGAUAUAGAUCAUAUUCGCCCUCAAGUGGUGAAAUCAAGUUGAACUCAACAAUAGUGUUGACAUGGGGCUGCUGGCUGGGUGCCAACGUGGUAGAAGAGCCAGAAGGAGAUCGCAAGGUCGAACGGAGGGGUGCGGGGUAUUUUGAUAAUGCGCUUCGGAGGGUCGAAGGAGCAGCUGUCGCGUUGAGAUCAUCCUCCCUGGUCAAACCUCCUUCCCCAUCGAAAUUCGGUGAACCGUCGAACCGCAACAACAUACGAAGCCAGUGGUUGAAAAAGGACAACAAAAUGUCAUUGGAGAGCUACGCUAUCAGCUGGAUUGUCUGGCGGUCGCUCUAUAUGGGCACGAAGAGUAGACGGUGGCAGAGUCCAAACCUGUCCCUAUACGAUACACUCGCUUCGCGCCAGGGGAACGCCACUGCGAUCCCAACCUCAACUCCUUCUACCACUGGCACAGUCUUCGUAGGGCAUCAGCUCUACAACGACCACCCUCGGACUGCCACUUGGGCUGACAUUCUUCCAAACUACCUCGAACUACACUGUCCACCCAUUCAACCCGGCCGACAAUUGAUGUUGUAUCCAUACCUCGAGAGCUUUGCCAAAGCUAUGCCAACGGGCGUUCCUCGAGUUCCUCAACGUCUUUUAUGUAGAAUUGGAGGACUAGGAUGGAAGAAUAACCACGCAGAGCCUAGCGGCUCUCCUAGCUCCUCUGUAUUGAGCUACAAAACUGUUAUACUCAUCCAUGGUAAUUCUUUCAGCAACGCUAAUACUAUAUUCAAACGUCUCUCACCCCUGAACACACAAUACAACAUGGCGCCAGGCCGACGAGGAAUUCCUCCCAUUCAAAACAACAGUCAGAAGGUGGAUGGUGAUGAGAAGACCCGGAAAAGUGGACUAGCUAUCGUUGGCUGGUCUUUUGGGGUCACAUUUUCCCUUUCGGCAAUCGCGAACGUAGACUCCUCUUGGUCUCUAACGGGAUGCGAGAUCGGGUUGGACAAGCCCGCGCUCACGGGUUUCGGUCUUUCCAUUCCCCCAGAAACGUGGCUUGCGUUCCGCGAUCCCAACAUUCCUUACUCAGCUCGCGCACCGCUCUUCAGCCAUCUAAUCACAGGCUAUUACGACUACAGACAAGAACUUUGGCUUUCCCGAACACUUUCCCGAACACUUUCCUCGCAGCGGAACAUGACGAGAACGUCAUUCUCACGCCAUAAUCCAGCAUCGAUUUUUAUCGGGGAUAAAUCUUACUUGUUCGUCUGGCCGACCUUUUGGGAGAUCGAGGACGAUGAUAUGAAGGCUGGAGGGGGAGAGAAGGGAAAGUUCAUACGAAUUUUGAUUAUAAAUGGCGUGAACCAUUUCAUGCAUUGGGAUGAGCCCGAGAAGACAAUGGGAGUGUUCAGACGGUUACUAGACAAGCAGAUUGAAUUUCAUUCGAGUGGCCUGUUAGGGCUAUCUGAGCAAGCAGGCCGACAUUGGCAGAAUAUCAAGCGUGAUUACCCGAAUCACAAGGAGGAUUUUACGAAGUGCAAGGGUACUUUCAAGGAUUUCUGGCCCACUCAAACUGGCAGGGUGGUCGCGUCCUUCAUUAACAGUCACCUUAAUGUGGAUUUUACCGACUUGGAUAAACUAGAUCGAAGCUUGAAGACGAAAGACGAGCCGCUAUAUGAGGUGACGGAGGAAGCAUUCGAACAAUCAUCUGGCGCAUUCACCCCCAGCUCCCAGCCUCGAUCUCUCUCGCUUCUUGCCGCGCGUUUCGAAGAGGUCGCCGCUUUGAAGCAGUUUCCAAUUCAUCAGGAUAAAAAUGUGCAAAUAUUCCGGUAUGACUUCCAUAUUUCACUAAUUUCGGUGCGGUUUAAAGACGCCGAAGGUGUAGACGCCGAUACCGAGACGGCUGUAUCUCUUAACUUCUCCUCGUCGGGAGUCCAUCUCUCCCCUUUCGCCGUCAUCUUCAUUGGAUGGUGCUUCUCUUUUCUCCCCAAGGGAUCCCCCAAAUCAUCAACUAGCACGCUCUCGCCCCUGCGACAGCAGUCAGAAAACUACCAUCAACAAGAACCAAGCGAAAAGUUUGACCCGAAUCCUACCAUGGUCAUGACAAACCUCGACCUGUCGUUCGUCGUAAACAGAAACAAAGUCCAGACUCCAUUUGACGGUGUUCACCUGCCUCGCAAAAAGGCCAAGUUGAACCCAUCUACCGUCGCGGCGCCAUUUUCUGUCUCCAUAGUGGUCAGUCAAAACUCGACGACGACGGAGAUUUCCUAUAUCCCAGGUGGUAUAAUGCCGACUGACAAGACGCGCGAGGACGGUGAUGGUUACAAAAAGCGUGACCAUCGGAUGUUGCUGGUCAAGAAUUCUAAUACGCGACAAAUCGGAGUGAAGAACCAUCGACAAGGCGAAAUCCAAAAUCUUGGGACGAAGCACGGCCUACCCCCUGAAUUGAAUAGAAAUUCAGGGUGGGUAGAGCGUAUGUUUGCCUCAAUUCUGGCUCCUGAAACUGUGGCAGGGUAUUGGAUUGUUCAGAACUCGGACGCAGAGUUUCCUGGAGAUGAGACAGACGAUGAAGAUGAUCUUCCGUAUCUGGACCUGUCAGAGGUUCAUAAAGUGCAAGCGUCGUCGUCAUAUCCUUCCGUCGACACUGGGAAGAUUGCCAUGCCUCUUACAAGCCCAAACCCGAAACCAACAACUCAACCACCUGGAAUUCCCCGGAGAGCGCUCUCAUCAGUUUUCGCAGGACCCCCAAAGUCAUCUUUUCUAAAAGAUAUCAAGUUCCGGAAAAAACCUUCUAGCUCCACCACUGCAAAUGCUGCUCAGAAAUUCACAAUUCAACCUGAUCCAAGAUUGCUGAAUCCCCCUGGUUUAUCGGAGAAGGCGCUCGGGAAACGAAAGGUUUUCGACGAUGGAGUCAAACUUCUUAAACGGGAUCGUCCUGCGAAACCUCGUCCUUCCACUGUGCUCGCUAAUUCCAGUACGAGUCGGUAUCAUGGACAUGUUUCACAUACUCAUCACGACGCGUACCAUGCUCAAAAUCUGUAUGAAGCUCGCGACAAUCAUCUUAUCCCAGAUAGUGUUGGGCAACAUGAAUUGUUUUCGCGUCCGUCGGCUGUUUCAGCCUCAGGUCCUAGUACGAGAUUCGGAGGUCCUCAGGUUUCUAAUAACCUUGUCAAGAUCCCAAGUUCACCAGGGAAUCAAAACGGACAUAUUCACCAGUUUUACUCUCCUCACGCUCACAUCCAGACAUCUACGCAAACUAAUGCGCACAUACCUGGAUUGACUUCCCCUCCACCUAUUGCGGUCGUCGGUAAUCCUUUUCUUGGAGAUGGCGCGGGAGUAGAAGCAGAGGCCAUCAUCGGACAGAGAGGUCAUGACGAACCAGACACGCAUUGUGAUGACCUGAAAUGGGCUGCUGAGAAAUUUUUGGUGUUAUUGCAGAACGAUCCUCAGCAGGCGAAAGACGUCACUGAAAUGUGGCAGCUGCAGCGUCCUGGUCAGGAUUGGUCACGAAAUAACCAACCGCAAUUCCAGCGUCCAUGGCGAUCAUACAGAGGAGUUGACGCUGGGGAGUGGUUAGCGAGAACAAAACCUCCCGAAUUGAUUCCUAGCCUUGGUAUGGGGAGGAUCCCAGAGGCCGGUGAUCAAGUGAAUUCUGAAAUUGAGCCUGGCCUUUAUUCUGGGCUUAGCCGUAGUUCCAGAGCAAGGAUCGAAACUUCUACUCCCGACCACCCUGCGGUUCAAUUUGGUCAACAAAAGCAUACGUCCAUUCCCCCAGACGCAGGUAGCAACGCCGCCAUCCGUCAAUCCCUCUAUCUUGUCUCCGUCGAGGACAAGCGUGGUUUAGAUAUACUCGAUUCUCCGAGAGAGUUUAUUACUCCAGUGAUCCACUUCCUCCUCGAGGUAAACAGAGAAUGA